AAAAUCAUUAGAGUUCUUUUGUCGCAGAGAAGAGAUGUGGCUACUGACUGCGGUCCUACUUAUCGCCCAUUCAACGUUUGUAUCAGUUUCUUGGCUCAAGCAUGUUACCUCUUCCCAAGGCCACAUUGCUGCUUUCCAGUGUUGUGUUUGUUACGGGUCAAGCUGCGACUAAUGUUGCCUUGAGGAAACCAACCACAGAGAGCAGCUUCUAUGGCGUCAAUUCAAGCGGCGCAGUGGACGGCAACACAAAUCCUGGUUGGGGAUCCAUGUCCUGCUUUCAAGCCGGUGCAAGUGAUCCAGCCCCUUGGUGGCAGGUGGAUCUACGUGGGUAUUAUGCCAUUACCACAAUAGUGGCCACAGCGCGCACAGGUGGAUGUUGCGAUACACGUCUCCAUGACUUCUAUGUGGAAGUGUACGAAUAUGACCCUGCCCAGUACCCAUCGCAACCCGCUCGGGUCUGCUUAGAUUACGAGGGCGUGGUCCUAGCCGGCACACCCGUGACUCUGCCUUGUACCACUGUGUUCACGGGACGUUUUGUCAAACUGAGACGUAAAUUCAAGAAUCCCGGUGACGACAGAUUUACUAUUUGCGAGCUAGAAGUCUACGGGCCGGAUUCAUGUUUGAAAAGUAGCAGUUUCCGCCGCACAAAUAACAAGCGAAUGGACUCAAGCAACACCAUCACUCCCACACUUGGGGCGACUGUUGAACGAUGUGCUCUCUUAUGUUCUGAGGACAAGGACUGCUUCAACUUCAACCAUCAAAGAUCAGACAACUCUUGCGAAAUAAUCCACGAGGGGUCCACAGUAGACGACAAUGGAGACUGGGAUCACUAUUCUCUUCAGGUGUAAUGGAAGCUGUGGUCUGAGUCGUAAAAAAUGAAAAAAUUUGUUACUUCCCUUAGCCGUGUUUGGAUCCACUGGUUAUGAGAUUUAAGUCCAGUUUCGGCCCAGUUUUUAUGACUCUUGGUCUGCCACCUCCAUACCCUACUUUCGUUUGUUUCACAAAAGGGUAAACGCCUGCGAUCUAUGCCACUUUCCUCUCACAUGAUGCUAAACCGUAGUUGAAUAACAGUUGAAUAACCAAAAAAGGCGAUAAGCACAUUGUGUUUCAAUAUAGAAGCAGCAACAUGAAGUGGCCACCUUUAAAGAUAAUUAAUUAAAUACUGAAAGGUUUAGUAAUACACCACGCGUCACUAUUGUGACGGACCCGUGAAGAUCAGGGGUAGAAUAGGUCUUCAGCAACCCAUUCUUGCCGUAAAUGGCGACUAUGCUUGUCGUAAGAGGCGACUAACG